AUGUUCCCUAACCACAUGCCUAACCCUGAAGACAAAACUGCCAUGGCACUAAGUAGAGCUGCUGUGCUAGAAAAUUCAGCCGAUCUUGGAAUUGUUUUCGACACUGACGUAGACCGAAGUGGUGUAGUUGGCAAGGAAGGAAACCCGAUUAAUGGUGACAGGCUUAUAGCACUCAUGUCUGCUAUUGUGUUUAGGGAACAUCCUGGAACUACUAUAGUGACCGAUGCGCGUACAAGCAUGGGACUGACAAGGUUUAUUACUGAUAGAGGAGGUCAACAUUGCUUGUAUCGAGUUGGUUAUCGCAAUGUGAUUGAUAAGGGAGUCCAACUUAAUAAGGAUGACAUUGAAUCCCAUCUGAUGAUGGAAACAUCUAGACAUGGUGCUCUUAAAGAGAAUUAUUUCAUAGAUGAUGGGGCUUACAUGGUGGUAAAAAUCAUCAUUGAAAUGGUACGUAUGAAAUUAGAUGAAUCAGAAGAAGGGAUCGGUAGCCUCAUAAAAGAUCUUGAAGAACUAUUAGAAUCUGUAGAACUAAGGAUGAAAAUCAUCUCUGAACCUAGGUCUGCAAAGGCAAGAGGUAUUGAGGUAAUUGAGACAUUAUGA